GCAAAGUUUAAAACUAAAAACGAAAUCGUUGUCUUCAUCUAUAGCUGAAGAUUGUCGACUCAACAUAUUCUUCAAUUUCUUAAAAUCGCAAUCGCCAAAUAGCAAGAUAUGGAUCCAAAAUUGACCGAAGUUUCCCAGCUUUUUGAUCGAUUCAAGGCUGCGUUGCUAAGAAACGACUUUGAUUCAGCUUCAAAUCUCCUUUCUCAGCUUAAGGUGUUACUAACAGGGUUUAGAAGCCUUCCACCCUUGUUUGCAGAUACACCUAAUGCAGUUCAGGAGCUAACAAUAGCAAGGGAUAUAUACGAGCAUGCUGUUGUCCUUAGCGUAAAAAUUGAGGACCAAGAUGCCUUUGAAAGGGAUUUCUUCCAGCUGAAACCUUAUUAUACGGAUGCCCGUAAUCGUCUUCCGCAAUCUCCUCAGGAGUACCCAAUUCUUGGUCUCAACCUGUUGAGACUACUUGUGCAAAACAGGAUUGCUGAAUUUCAUACUGAGUUGGAAUUGCUUUCAUCUGCUGCUCUAGAGAAUCCAUGUAUUAAGCAUGCCGUGGAACUCGAGCAAUCUUUUAUGGAAGGGGCUUACAACCGUGUCUUGAGUGCUCGACAGACCGUCCCGCAUGAAACAUAUGUGUACUUCAUGGAUCUUUUGGCAAAGACCAUCAGAGACGAGAUAGCAGGAUGCAGCGAGAAGGCAUAUGACUAUCUUUCAAUUAAUGAUGCUAAGCAGAUGUUGUUGUUCUCCUCAGACCAGGAGCUCUUGGAAUAUAUUAAAGAGGAGCACUCAGAGUGGGAAGUUAAGAACGGAGCUGUUUAUUUUCAAAAGGCGAAAGAAUCAGCUCCUUGCAAAGAAAUACCCUCUCUGCAACUCAUCAACCAAACACUUAGCUAUGCUAGGGAGUUAGAGAGGAUUGUCUGAGAAGAAUCGUGUGCAACGGCCUUUCUGUUUGGAUCCAAAAUUACUAAUCAUGUGUUUUGAUUGUUUAAUUCUAGUUCAAUGUGGAACUAUAGAAUGAUUUUAACUUUGUAUUUUGGUCAUCUAAGUGGCUGUAUUGUUUCUUGGUUGGUGUACCCUUUUCUUUCUUCUUUACUAUGCUAAAAUUCAUUCUAUAUAUACUUAUGUUUACUUCUA